AACGCGCCACAGUAAUAACGUGGCUGCCUUCAAGAAGAUAGCUCUCUUCAUCAGAAGAACAGAAAGAAGAAUAUAAAGUUUGGAUAUUUGUAUAAUUGAUACCUCUGGAAUAUUAUUUGAUUUUAUUGAAGAAGAUCUAUCAGUCGUAUUUUGUUAAUGGACCUGGCUCCAAAAUUAUUAAACAACAACAGAUCGUACUUGAAAUACAACCUUAAAUAAAUAUCUAUCGCACGAAUGUCGGACACAUUCGUAACCUUGUUAUCCUAUCUAUGGCCAUGAUUUUAACAUAUGAGUUCUAAGGUUACAUACCAUAGAUUGGUACAUCAGUUACGUUUGUCUAACAUCUACCUUUCUCAAUUCAUAUCAUAUAUGUGUAAAUCGAUUGUGUAUUGCGUCACUUAAAUGAAUGUCGCAAUGAUCGGCUUUGUUGUACUUCCAGCAGAUAUCACGACGGUUGUUUUGCAAUUUGAGACUCAUCUCUCUUGUCAAUAUAAUCCGCGCUAAUUUGACGGUCGCUGAGUUCGCGCACGGAAUCACGAAUGGAUCAUCCAGGGAGAUCCAUUAGAAUAGAGUUGGAUGAGCUGAAGCGCACAACACAUUUCAGAUCUGAGGAACUGAUAAGCCAUUACAGCAAAAACAACUGGUCUCUAGACGCCAUGGAGAAGUUCACGAUGUUCGCCGCCGGUGUGGGCUUCGCCUUUUUCGUCGGUCUGUUUGUUCUGUGGGGUCCAUCGCCCAAACCAAGGAAAAGAGGUGAUAUUCUGGGAAACGUUAGAUUGCCGUCGAAUGAAACGUCGAAUGAAAACCAUCUAUCUAUUAAAUCUUUCGUACGGGCUGACGUUAUUCAAAACAAGUUGAAUCCUCGUGAAAAAAGGAAAAUUAUUGGAAUCAACAAUUUAGGAUACACAUGCUUUUUGAAUUCUCUUCUGCAAGCAUUGGGUUCUUGUCCUCAAUUCAUCCAGUGGCUUGAAAAACAACGGGAGAAAAAGAAUAGGAACUUUACCAAUACUCUAUUCUCUAUCCUCAACAAGAUCAAUGGUUUUGAUGAAGAUUUCUAUGGCAAUGUAACACCCACUGAAAUAAUCUCUUCCCUUGGUAAAUCUUGGAACUUUGGACCUGGUCAUCAAGAUGCACAUGAACUAUUUCAUGUAAUUCUCAAUGCAUUAGAGGAUGAAAUGCAGCCUGUGAAUAAGAACGGCUGUUUGUCUGAUGUGUUGCACCAAGGAUAUGAGUCGAAAAAUGCCUUGAGUAAAACCAAACCUGGCAUGAUCGUCGCCAGGUCAUCAGAGCUGUUGUCAAGAAACAACUGCGAGUAUAUAAAUUCCAUGUGGUCAUGGCAGAAUUUGUUCACCAUUCCAUAUUCUAACACCCCAUCCAUGGAAACAAAUCCGUUCUCAGGACUAAUUACUAGCCAGUUACAAUGUAGCACCUGCAUGAAGAAGUCUUCAGUACGUUACGACAAGUUCGAGAGUUUAUUAUUACCGUUACCACCACCCACCUCGCGAUUCGUGCAGCAGUAUACCUUGGAAGAUCUGCUGUCGCGCUUCGUGGACAGCGAAGUGGUGAGCGACGUGGAAUGUGAUCGAUGCUCAACGCGCUGUGAAGCCACCAAGACUCUCCGUCUUGGAAAACUUCCCAAAUGUUUGUGCUUACAUAUUUCGAGGACCACAUGGAGCCCUUUGGGAUCGACUAAGAGAGAUGAUCAAGUUAUUAUUCCACAAACACUUGUAUUGGAUCCUUAUACUUACAAGGAACAAAAGAGGAAAAACGCGCAGGCAUAUGGUGACACAAGAGAUAUAAUGAACGGCUUUACGAUGACGCCAAACAAAUACAAAUACCAGUUGUGCGCGGUGAUUGAGCAUCGCGGCCCGGUAGAUAGCGGUCACUUCGUCUGCUAUAGACGCGCCCACAAGGAGAAUAUGUGGCUGUACACGUCCGACAUCGUUGUUGAAAGCGUGUCCCUGACGCAAGUGUUGUUCACCAACCCAUACAUGCUCUUCUACGAGCGCAUCGCGGCCACGCAGGAGAACACGAUGCACACGGGCUGUAGCUAGGAAUGAAUUUCCAGUGCGAGAAAAAUUACGAAAUCUAGGAAUUACGAAAUUGCGCUUUGAUCGGUAAUGGGUCUGCUCUUUUUAGCUACGUUCUCUCGUGCUUUCGACACUUAAAACGAAGCGACUAUGACAGCGACACGGAGAUCGUGCGGGACGGAGAUUGCAAACGGAAUUGUAGGUGAAAUUUGCAAUUGUGGAAUUGCAACGAAAUAAAGACGCGAGGUUCGCGCGGACCGCAACAGACUGUUGAAUUUUUCUUCUUUUUUUUACAAUCGUUGUAACAUCGCUCGGUAUCGCGAUGUAAUAGCAAUGUAAGUUCGUCGUAGCGUCGAAUUGUAGAACUCGUCCCUUACGUGAUAUUUUACUGCGAUGGCGCUAUACUAUAUCGAAUGCGUAUAAUCCGAAAAUUCAGCAGCGUGUCAUAACGUGAUUUAACGACGAUGGUCGCCAUUACGCCACGACGAGUUUGGCGAUUAAUAGUAUCAAGUAUGGAAGUUCCGCUUCUAAAUAACGCGUAGUGAUAGAUAGAUUUCUAUUCGAGGAAACUGCCAAUUUUAAUCGAGUCCUUUGGUCGGAUUGUUAAAGCUUAUUUUAAUGAGGACCGUAAACGUGCCAAAAUAAAAUGCUUUAAAUUUAAUUAAUCAAAGAUAGGGAGUCGUUUAACAUAUUUUUAUUGCGUUUAUAUUCGUGACGUAUAAUAGUAUAUUUAUAUUUAAGAAUAAUAUUGCAAUCAGAGACUAAUAUUUAACCUGUACAAGAUUAUCAGAUGUAUUAGUUGGCCGCUGAAUAGAGAAUUCCUACGAACUCCAAAAUUUUUUCCAAGAAAUUGAGAAUUCUCUAUUCGAUGGCCAAUUGAUUGUGACGUCGUGAGUUAUCAGUUUUCGGCUGUCAAAUUUUCAAACGAUUUUCCUUGAUUUAUUAGUUUGUUAGAUUUUAUGCCGAUUAUGCCGAUUAUUGAUUGCGAGUUGUCGAUUUGAAAAAUCGUGACAUAGUCUUAAACGAUUCGCAAGCAAAAUCGUUAAAUUCAGUUGCUUAUGGUGUACAGUUUUUAAAUUUGAGUCAGAAAAAAAUGAAUUACUUAAUUACUACAGAAAAUUUGUAAUUGUUUUAAUUAUAAACUUUCCCUCUUUCCCUUUUAAUUUACUCGAUACAUUGUCAAAUUGCAAUGCUUUAAACAUAAAUUACUUUACUGUUUAUAAUACAUUUCUUAAUUUCAUCUAAUAAAUUGUGCCUGAGUCUGGUUUUUUCUUUCUGUAAUAUUUUUGACGACAUUCUUUAAAAUAUCUACAUCCUAUUCUCUGCCUUUAGCAUUUUCUCUCAAAUCAGUCAUCCUUAUUAUGAAAAAUCCACAAGCUUCUGCAAUUUAAAGAUUCAAUCUGUCGUUGUCAUUCUUUUUCACGAUGUUCUUUUCCUUUGUUAAGGAAAAUCGAGAACAUUUCACAAGGUAUAUCUGACAACUUGUACAAUAAAUCAAAUAUUAGUCGAAGAUUACAAAUUUGUUACUUUUUGUAUUGAACAAUCGUCCUCUUUUGUCUGGAUGUUGUAAUUAGAAAAGUAUAUAUAUAUAUAUUUAUGACGACUUAUUCUAACGAAUUUAUUUUAAUAAUGUUAGAAUAUUAUAUAUACGAUUAAAAAUUAAACAUAGAAUAUAUGUGGAAGUGGAAUAAACUUUAGAACAUGGGAUCUGCUAUA